AUGGGUCGCAUACGCUCACAUAUGAGGAGCAACAGCGUCUUUCGGUGCUCGCUUCUCAAAGACGGACCACCACAAUUCUGGCCUCCAUGGUGCCUGUUGCUCGCUGUUGUGGUUCACAUGGCAGACAGCAAGGUCCAUACUUUGAUUAUUGAAUACGAUGAGGCAUUCUUUCACAAUGGCGAAAGCGAUAACACCUACAUCGUUUCCAUUAUCGCACACCUCAUCUCAAUGACGACGAACGUAGCGAAUCCGAUACUUUAUGCGUGGCUCAAUCCAUCUUUCAAGGAGAUGCUACUCACGACACUCAGAAGAAAAACAAGGAAGCAGGACAAGCACUCCGCCAAGGACACCAUUAUAAGGGUAAACAAAUCGUCUGAAAAUACUCAGGAAAAAGCCUUUUGA